AUGAACUUGACUAUGUUAAAUUCACUAAUAUCUCCACCCGCGCAAGUUUACCUAUGAAAACUCACCUGUGACGAAGGAAUGUGACACAUGGCCAGGAUUAAUGUAUAAACAAAGUAAAUUGUUUUCAUUAUUUUCUAUGAAACACGUGGUAUCCAUAAAUGGGACAGAAAUAUCUACUUUUACUUUGCACAUGAGCUGAUUGUAUACCUCAUCGCACAUUUCACGCGUUUUAACCACGACAAUAUAUGAACGUAAUGUAGUACAGAUAUGUGUAUAAGUGAAAUUGUUCAAAGGUAAUGGGCAUAUUUGAUAUAGUUCACUUUACUGAGGCAUCGUUGGAGAAUAAAGACGACGAACCCUCGGUAUGGGCUUGCUUUGGGUUUUAUCCCAAAGAUAUAACGUACACACAACUUGUUUAUGAUGCUGUUAUGUAUGGUGAACAUUUAAACAAACCAAAGAAAGCAAUUGUUAAAUUCAGGAGAUUCAGAGCAGGAACGGAGCAGUUCUGGGAGUCUCGUUUAGAUUCAAAUACUCAUGCUGCUGGUGUAGCUAGUGCUUUUACAGAUAAAACUGGGGCUGGAAAAAUCACGUUUGUUCAGCAAUAUCUUGCCCCUUUAAAAGGAUAUUCUCGUUGGGAUAAAUUUUGUCGGAGUAUGAAACAGUACGAUUUUCGCGAUUUUAAAAAAGAUGAAAUAGUGCUAAUUGAACCUUUACUUUCGGAUACAAUGGUUUUCUUCGAAGGAGAUAUCAUUUUAGAUGCCUUUUCUCAUUUUUCAUUUAUAGAAGGAAAUCAUCAGUCUGUUAUCGCCAUAUUCAAAGGUGUAAAAAGCGGCAACGAAUACCACUUACUAACUCCCAAAAUAUUACAGAAACAGAAGGAAAUUAAUGAAUUUUUCGACGACCAUGUUUGUAAUGAUUUGUGCGUUGGCUGGAGCAAGCCUGAUGUCAAGAUUACCACAGAAACACCAUUAUUUGAUAUCCAUGUACCUAGCGAGCAUUUAAAACUACAACGACAAACAUCUGUACGAGUUCAAGAACCCGGUGAACACACUUCACAGAUUAAAAUUCCACACCGGUCACCUGGAAUUUUGAGAAAUCCAUCAGCUCCACCACAGGAACAAUCGUCGGCAUCUUCAUCGAAGAAAAAAGUGACCACUAUUAUGCAUGCCGUUUAUGUUCAUGAAGAUCCAAAACAGGAUGAAAGAGGAAGGAGGGGGUCAGUACAUAAACAUGAUGAAAAAGUGAGACGAGGUUCGCUUAAAAAACACGACGAAAAAGAGAGGCACGGGUCAGUUAAACGAUCAAGUGUACCAUAUAUUGACAAUGCCAUCCGAAAGGAUCGAUCUGAUUCACAUGUUCAUGUUUUAAAACGGACUAACACUGAACAUAGUUCACCAAGUACAAAGAAUAGACCGAUCAGAGUUCAAACUAUGGUCGUUCAAAAUGUGAGGAUGCCAAAAAAGAUGAACGCACAAUCGACAGAAAAACCGGAAAUCAAGCCGAAACCGGAAAUCAAACAAAAACCCGAAGUGAAACCAAAGCCUGAAAUCAAACCAAAACCAAAAUUAAAGAAACAAGAAAGGAUAGACAAUGAAAAUGAUACCGACGAUAAAUAUGGUGUUCAAAAGAUGGCCGUUCAAGAUGAGCUGAGGUUGCGUUUGUCCAAAAUAGCGGUUAAAGAGAAACAAGACCCUAAGUUAAAAUUACAUGAAAAACCUGUUCAGGAAAGUAACAGUGUACAAUAUCUACCCGAUAGAUUACCUAAAGUUGUGAACAAAGAGCAAAUGUUUCCAAUAUCAAAUCUGAGAGAAAGGUCAACUGAACAAAUAAACGAUACACCUGAAAGUCAACCUGAAAAAGUAAUUUUAGUACCUCAUUUAGAUAAGAAUGAAUCAGAAAAACUUUCAGACACACAAGAACUCCCUAACACUUCAUUGCGGGAAUCUAGCAUAUAUUCAUCCGGCAUUGCAGCAGCGGAAUCUCCGAAAUGUAAUGACAGUGUCAGUGAAAAGAAAGUUAAGUCAAAAAAAUCUUUGCGGAAACAAGCUACAAUAGCCUCGUAAUAGAUAAAAUAAUAUAUUUUACAUACCAGUAUUAUUUAGUUACAAUAUGCAUUUGUUUUUUAUUAUUAUUAUUACACCUCUGUUUGUCUGUCAUAAUAUGUUAAUGUCUUCCAAACUUGUAACGUCUUUGUUCAAAUGCGAUUUAAUUGUUGCGUAAUAUUUUCUGCGAAAUUCUUAUUAAACCAGGGUUUUCAAACGGAUAAUGGAGACCUGCAUAUUGUUA